AAAAUGUCAUUUAAAGACUUGUACACAUUUCAAUAUAUCCAUAACAUUUACAUAUUUCCUUCGAAAUGAUGAUUUUUGGCCAUCUAAGGACCAAGUCAACUGUUUUGUCCUAGAAUAUCCCCCACGUGGCGACAACCCUAGUGAAUGAAGUUUUGCAACACUGCGUUGACAUUUUGAAAAGGAAAGAGAUUCUUGUCAUUUUGAAAAAAAAAGUUUAGUGAAAUAUCCGAUCGAAUAUGGCCAAUAAAUUCCGGAAUUUGGGCGGCAAACUGUUCCAGCUGGCCAAUGGCAUCUUCAAUGGGACUUCGGUGCGUCCGCGGAUGAGUUUCCCGGGUCGCGCCUUUUCCGGCAGACAUCCGAAGAUGCUCGGGGCGUUGGGAGCUCUGACUGGAGCUGCGGGACUCUUGAUAUACGCCCUGGAGACCAGUGUGGACGCCUCCUCGGACUGCGUGCAUCCGCCACAUCAGCACUGGAACCACACUGGCCUGCUGUCCGCCUUGGACAAGGAGAGCGUGCGUCGAGGAUACUUCGUGUACAAGGAGGUGUGUGCCUCGUGUCACUCCUUGCAGUACAUGGCCUACCGCAAUCUGGUUGGAGUCUGCAUGACGGAGUCGGAGGCCAAGGCGGAGGCGGAGGCCAUAACCGUGCGAGAUGGCCCCAACGAUGAGGGAGAGUUCUAUGAUCGUCCCGGCAAGCUAUCGGAUCAUUUUCCCUCUCCCUAUGCCAAUGAGGAAGCCGCCCGUUCCGCGAACAAUGGCUCCUAUCCCCCGGAUCUCAGCUAUAUUGUAUCGGCUCGUAAGGGUGGCGAGGAUUACGUGUUUGCCCUGCUCACAGGAUAUUGUGAUCCUCCUGCCGGAUUUGCUCUAAGGGAUGGGCUGUACUUUAAUCCGUAUUUCUCAGGUGGAGCGAUUGCCAUGGCCAAAGCAGUUGAUAAUGAGGUGAUUACCUUUGAAGAUGCCAAUGUGGCGCCCUCGGCUGCCCAGAUCGCCAAGGAUGUGUGCGUCUUCCUCAAAUGGACAUCGGAACCGGAGUCGGAUGAGCGCCGUCUGCUGGUCAUCAAGGUUACGCUCAUUUCGGCCUUCUUAAUCGGAAUUUCUUACUACAUCAAGCGUUUUAAGUGGUCCUCGCUGAAGUCUCGCAAGAUCUUCUUCAUCCCCGAAAUGGAAGCCCAGGCCAAGAGAGAGGCGGAAAAGGCAGCUGAAGCCUUGACAAAGGCCAAGGAGCAGGAGUGCAACAAGUGCGAGAACAAGAACGAAAAGAAAGAAUAAUCUUGGUGUACCCUGAAAUAAAGGCUUUUGAAUUUAAA